CCCAGAAGAACACCCUUAUACUCAUACACCCACUUCUCAUCUCCACAUCCCUUGUUUUCCUUAUUGCCUCAGUUGUGUUUUUGACACUGCUACAAUGAAAUUCACUGCUGUUGUCCUGCUUGCCGCUGUCAUGUCAAGCAUGGUGGUGGAAGCAAACUGGUGUCAGUGCAUUGACCUACCCACUUCAUCUCUCUGCGGCACCCCAUCGACACGAAAUCCCGGCAGAAACAUUGGCACGAUGGUGCAGAAUUUCUUAGGCAUAUGGUAUUGCGAUGUUGGCAGCGACAAUUCAGAGUGGUAUAGCCGAUGCUAUGUUGGAGGCGUCUGUUACUAAUUGUUCAGGAGACAUGACGCUCUGACACAAAGUAUUUCUUGCGUACGAGUAUAAACUUUGUCGUG